GUAAUUUCCUAUUUUCUUUUAGACCUGAAGUUACAGAUGACUUGACAAAUUUUGAGAAUCCAUCAGCUUGCUGGUCGGAUGAUCUUAGAGGUGGAAAGCCUGUUCGACUAUCUGGGAUAUUUGAUAAACUUACUUACCAAGUGCGGAAGGCAUUUUUCUUUCAAUCAAUGAAAUAUUCCUUAAGUACAGCACAUUGUGAUAUUAAGUCAAAGGAUGGACGUGUAGCAAAGAUUCAUUUUCUGAUUGAAAGCACUGGGAAAGAUGUACCUAUCAUACAUCCAGAUAACUUUGGGUAUGUGCGUGUAGAUAAAAGUUCGCCAGUUGCCUUGCAAGAGCAGAAAGAAAUCUUUCUGCUCCCAACUGUUCACUUCUCCAACUUCUUAGAUAUGGAGAUUCAUGUUAGACUCAGUGAUACAGGUCUGCCAUCUACUAAUGGUGUUGACUGCAUAUGCAAUGAGGCAACUAUUCCCUCUGGGUCGUUUGUCAACUUAUAUGCAAAUCCUGCUGCUAUUUAUUUUAUUGUUACCUUAACUUCCUUUGGUACAAGCUGCAAACCAAUAAAUAGUAGUGACAGUGCGAAAUGGCUGCAGAAGCGCAAAACUAAAGUUCAGUUUUUGGAUAUCGAAUUAGAUUUUGGCAAUGGCAAGUAUUUUGCAUUGCUAAGAUUAUAUCGUGGACAGAGAGGGAUAUUGGAGGCUGCUGUCUUUACUUCUUACACCUUGGAGAAUAAUACUGAAUUUUCUUUGUUCUAUUUUCCUGCAAAUCACAAGUUUGUUUCUAGGCAUGAGGUGGAAAAUAUUGGUUCUGCGGUGCCUCCAGAAUUAGGAUCUUAUCUUCCUCCCGGAUCAACAAAAUCAUGGUUCAGCAAAUGCCACAAGGUGCACAUUACACUCUUGGCUGAAAGAGCCUCUAAAGCACCCUUGGACUUGGACGCUUUAUCAGGCCUUACAGAGGUGAACCUUGAAGUGGAAGGAGAAUUUGGUUCCAAAACUGUUACAAAGUUGGGAGUCUCUUUGAAACCAUCUGUUAGCAAAGUAGUGCCCCUGCAGGUUGUAUCAAUGUAUCCCAGAUAUGUCAUACUAAAUGAGUCAGAUGAAGUCAUCACUGUUCGUCAAUGUUUUUUGGAGGAGGAUGGGACUGACACAACUGUUACACUCAACAGUAAGCAGAGAGCAGCAUUAACUUUGAGGAGUGGAAAUGGGAUGACAACAAUUAAAAGACGCACCCUCUUUGAGAAUUUUCUCAAAAAGCAUGCAAAAUCCCAAAAUGAUUCGUCUUUUUUUGUCCAAUUUCAACCCAAUAAGGCCAGUUUCUCCUGGUCUGGGCCAGUUUGUAUUGCUUCACUUGGACGCUUUUUUCUUAAAUUCAAGAAGUCGACCGAGUAUUCUGCUCAACAAUCAGAUCCUGCAACUCAGCAUAAUUCAGCCAUGUGUGAAUUUGCCACUGUUCAUGUGGUUGAAGAUGGUCCUACAAUUGUUUUACGAUUCUGUUGGCCAGCAAAUAUGGACCUGCCUUACCGGAUUGAAAACCGCUUGGAAAAUACUUCUAUUACAUAUUAUCAGAAGGAGGGUUUAACAGAGCCGGAGGUUUUGGCAUCUGGAAGUAGUGUUGGCUAUGUCUGGGAUGACCUGACACAUGCUCAUAAGCUUGUUGUCCAGAUUGACGCUGUACAUCUACUACGUGAAAUAAACUUGGAUAAAGUACGUGAAUGGAAACCAUUUUACAGGAUUAAGCAACAGAGAGGUCUAGGUUUUCACUUACCUCUGGAAAAGAAGACAGAAGAUUCAAAGAAAAAUAGAUAUGGGCAGUUAACUGGCAUGGAGAUCAUUAAGUUGGGUUACGAAGUAUAUGCAGAGGGCUUGACUAGGGUUCUGAGAAUUUGUGAGUUUUCUGAUAGACGCAGAGGGGACACUUCAUUCCGUUCCUGCACAAAGAUGCAGCUAAGAAUCUCCUCUUUUGCAAUUCAAUUACUGGAACGUGCAAAGCAAGAUUUAGGUGACAAGGAUAAGGGCAAUGCAUUGAUCUACAAUCCAAUCAUUAUGGCAAGACUAAAUAGGAUAGACUUUGACGCCAUGUUUGCUGAAAGGCACAAGUUCAACCAUCUCAGGGUACAGUCACUGAGUGUGGAGCCUAAGUGGGUAGGAGCUCCUUUUGCAUCAAUGCUUCGGAGGCACCAAAUAGAAAAUUGUGACGCAAAUGAUCGAGUCCUCCGCAUUGGACUUGUUCUAGCUUCAUCAAGUUCUAGUGUCAAACAAGUCAAACACUUAUCAAUUGUUCUUCAGCCCCUUGAUUUCAACCUCGAUGAGGAGACAUUAAUGAGAAUUGUUCCUUUCUGGAGAACGUCCCUCAGCGAUACAAAUACUCCAAGUCAAAAGUAUUACAUUGAUCAUUUUGAGAUCCAUCCUGUUAAGGUUGUGGCAAGCUUUCUUCCUGGGGAAUCUUAUGCCAGCUAUAGCUCCACGCAGGAGACGCUAAGAUCUUUACUUCACAGUGUUAUAAAGGAGUUGUCAAUUAAAUGUGCCCAACAUUAUUCUUGGUACGCAAUGAGAGCAAUCUACAUUGCAAAGGGAAGUCCCUUGCUGCCACCAGCUUUUGCUUCUAUUUUUGACGACUUAGCUUCAUCAUCUCUUGAUGUUUUCUUUGAUCCUUCUAGUGGGCUUCUUAAUCUUCCUGGACUCACCGUUGGUACUUUCAAACUCAUUAGUAAGUGUAUUGAUGGUAAAGGGUUUUCUGGAACAAAAAGAUACUUCGGUGAUCUAGGGAAAACUUUAAAAUCAGCAGGAUCAAAUAUCCUUUUUGCUGCUGUCACUGAAAUAUCAGACUCGGUUCUGAAAGGAGCAGAAGCUAGCGGAUUAAACGGAAUGGUGUAUGGUUUUCAUCAAGGAAUACUUAAAUUGGCAAUGGAACCUACGGUAUUGGGGAGUGCUUUCAUGGAAGGUGGCCCUAAUCGAAAAAUUAGGCUUGAUCGAAGUCCUGGGGUUGAUGAGCUUUACAUUGAAGGGUAUCUGCAAGCCAUGUUAGAUACAUUGUAUAAGCAAGAAUACCUGACAGUCAGAGUCAUUGACAACCAGGUUAUCCUCAAGAACCUACCACCAAGCAGUUCUCUUAUAGAGGAGAUUGUGGAACGCGUGAAGGGAUUUCUUGUGAGCAAAGCGUUGUUGAAAGGAGAUCCUUCAAUAGCUUCUCGCUCCUUGCGUCACAUUAGAGGGGAACGUGAAUGGAAACUAGUACCAACAGUGCUGACCUUGAUUGAACACCUUUUUGUGAGUUUUGCAAUUGGGGUGUUACGGAAGCAAGCUGGUAAAGUAGUUGGGAAAGUUAAUUGGAUGCAGAAAGUUGAAGCUGAUGAUCAGAAAGCCAUUGUGCCCACAUCUGGGGGUGGUUACCAAAAGCUGAACUUUGUCUGGAAAUGGGGAAUCGGAAAGUUUGUUUUCUCAGGGAUGCUAGCAUAUGUGGAUGGACGAUUAUGUCGCUAUAUUCCUAAUCCUAUAGCCAGAAGGAUUGUUAGUGGCUUCCUGUUAAGUUUUCUGGAGAGAAACGACGAAUAAUUAUCGUUUUCUUCAGCUUUCUCAUUAACUAUAAAUGGCAAGUGCACUUUAUUCAGAGGCUUCCUUAUCAAAGGAUAAAGAUCACCCCCUCCCCUUUCAAUUAUAGGAUGCUAUUUGAUUGGCUAUGGAAUUUAAGAAAUAUUGUCAAUACAUACCUUAAUCAUAUAUAAUCUAUCUAUCUAUAUUAUUAUAAAA